AUGGUUUCCCGCUCUCGAGACACGUUUGGCCAAGCCCUCGUGGUCGUGGCAAACGAAGUACCGCUAUCAGAGCUUAAUUCCAGCGCCUUUCGAGCAAAGCUGCCGGCCGGCCAUGAGCAUUUCGUGAGAACCGGUUUGCUGGACACGAAGGAGCAAGUCGAGAUGCUACGAGCUAUUCACCCUCACCUCGAGGGUAUGAUUUUCAAUCAAGAGGAGGUUAACGGCGAGGCCGAUCCAACCGAGGACCGCAACGGGGUUCGCUCGAGAUGCGUGGGCCGGGAUGGGGAGGAUACGGGAGGGCAGUUUGUUUAUACCCGUUGGACGAGAAGGAGCCAUUCAAGCAGACCGCGGAGAAUGCAACUUCUCUUGACACACAAGAAGUUGUGGAAAGGGGUCACGGACCCGGCCGGUGAUGCGGAGAGGACCAAGGAAGCAAGAGCUUUGAUAGGCUUGCACGUCCGGCAACAGCACCGAGGGGCAAUCUUAGCAGCUGAGAAUGCCAAGGUAGUGUGGGACGCGCUGAAAAAGACCUACAAGAGCAAAAGUGCGGCUCAGAAGUUGCAACUCCGGCAUGAGUUGAGCACCCUCAAGAUGCAAUCCGGUGAGUCCGUUGCCGCCUAUGUGGGUAGAGCCCAAGACCUUUACCGGGAUUUGUUAGCCGCCGGCUCCAACAUGAAGCCGGAUGAUCUAUCCUUUAGCGUGCUUGCCGGGUUGUCAAGCCGGUUUGAGGGGGUAGUAACGGUGUUGACCACCACCAAGGAGGAGCUAGGCAAGGUGGAAGAGCUUCUCUAA